CCUUCUGGAAGGUCACACACACUCCUUCAAGUUCAACUAACCGGGUUUUGUAUUUGACAUAAUAAAGUAGUUCUUUACAAGCUCGGCUAAGUUUAACUUAUUGAGUUACUACAAUAUCAAAUUCCGUAAUUGAAAGUAUAGAAUAUUAUAAUAUCUAUACCUAUUUUCUUUAAGCAUGGCUUUAAACAAACUUGGAAUCGAUGCACUUGACUUGAAAGGUAAAAGAGUGCUGAUUAGAGUUGAUUUCAAUGUUCCAUUGAAAGAUGGGAAAAUCACAAACAACCAAAGGUAUGGUAUAUAUGAUAAAAUAAAUGCCAUCAGUAGAUUACACCUGUUAUCAGCCAGUCAAUUUUUCCUCACCAUUGGGGAACCAUUAGUAAGACAAGAAUUAGUCAUCCCUAAGAAAUGCCCAUUCUUGUCUUUGUUUAUUAAAAAAAAGUUAUUUUUAAACUGUAAAAUUUGCAUCGUUUUGACAUCGAUUUCAUUAUGUUUAAUUGAUCUUGAUAACAGAGAUGUUAAAUUUCUGCCUGACUGUGUUGGAGCAGAAGUAGAGGCAGCAUGUCAGGAUCCAUCAGAAGGAUCUGUGAUUCUACUGGAAAACUUAAGGUUUCACGUCGAAGAAGAAGGCAAGGGAGUCGAUGCUCAAGGACAAAAGGUGAAAGCGAGCCCAGAUGCUGUUGCAACGUUCCGUGCUUCUUUGACUAAACUUGGAGAUGUUUAUGUGAAUGAUGCUUUUGGUACUGCCCAUCGAGCUCACAGCUCCAUGGUAGGUGUAGAACACGCUCAAAGAGCAGCAGGAUUUUUGCUAAAGAAAGAGUUGACCUACUUUGCCAAAGCUUUGGAGAAUCCAGAAAGGCCUUUCCUUGCUAUUUUAGGAGGAGCUAAAGUAAAGGAUAAGAUCCAGCUUAUUGAAAACAUGUUGGACAAAGUGAAUGAGAUGAUUAUAGGAGGAGGGAUGGCAUUUACCUUCCUGAAACAACUGAAUGGGAUGCAUAUUGGAAACUCGUUAUAUGAUGAAGAAGGAGCGGGAAUUGUAGGAAAACUAAUGGAAAAAGCCCAGAAAAAUGGGGUACAGAUUCAUCUGCCCGUGGACUUUGUUACUGCUGAUAAGUUUGAUGAAGCUGCCACUACAGGUUCAGCAACGGUAGACUCGGGUAUUCCUGCAGGUUGGAUGGGUCUUGAUUGUGGAGAUAAAAGUAUUGCAAAGUUCUCUGAAGCAGUCCAGCGAGCAAAAACAAUCGUAUGGAAUGGACCAGUAGGUGUCUUUGAAUGGGAAAAUUAUGCUAAAGGUACCAAAGCUAUUAUGGAUGAAGUUGUAGCAGUUACUCAAAGAGGUGCUACCACCAUUAUUGGGGGCGGUGACACGGCCACGUGCUGUGCUAAAUGGAAGACUGAAGAUAAAGUCAGCCAUGUCAGCACAGGAGGAGGAGCCAGUUUAGAACUUUUGGAAGGUAAAUGUCUCCCAGGUGUAGCUGCUCUUUCUGAUGCUGCCUAAGGUCAAGGAGGAAUGUCCAGUCUUUAGUUGUGAUGGAAAUUCUGUGAGAUCUUCGUGUUCUGCUACUAUUAAAUGUAACAUCAAGAUAACAUAUUAGACUACAGCUAAUUUGGUUGUUCUCGACACUGUUGUAGAUGCUGAGAAACUGUGUGCAUGUGGAUGGUCUUUUAGUAGUUCCUAUUUACUUGAUAGAACCUUGUAGUUGAUUCUAAAAAUCAGUAGGUAUGUUGGUAAAUACGUUUCUAAAAUAUGCAUAUUUAAUCAAGACAGUUUAUAAGUGAAAAUAUGUAAUAUUAACAAUACUGAUAUACAAUUAGGCCCUUAUGUUAACAAUACUGAUAUACAACUAGGCCCUUGUAAUGUUAACAGUACUGAUAUACAACUAGGCCCUUGUAAUGUUAACAACAAUGCUCUUAGGUAAGCUUUUCCACCUUGUUAAAAUGCGAGUGUAAAUGAUGGUAUUCAUGUACAUGUACUUUUAUUUACAAUGUACUUUUUCAGACAUUGUUAUAUUUUUCAAUUUACUCAAAAUUAUAUCAAGAAAGGAGUUGUUAUUCUUCCUUCAAAAUGUUGUUUGUGGUUGAACAUGUUUUUUCAAUAACUUAAUAGUGUGAACUUUUUUUUUUCACUGCCUCUAAAAUAAUAGUUUACCCUUUUUUUCUUUGAAAUGAAGUGUUUUUGAAGUUUUAACGUUCAAAUUAACUUGCUGGAUGUGAUGUUGGUUGCAAGGUUAACUUCUUAAAGAUGUAAAAUGUUGAUGUACUUCCUCAAUAAAAGUUUAAAUAUAUAA